UAUUUCCAUUAGAUAAACGUGACCAUGCACAGCCACACAGAUCCCUUGGCGAUUUAUCAGUUCACCGUCCAGUCAAUUCAUCACCGUCCGUUAACUCACUUCACAAUCUCCAAUUUCAUCUAAUCACAGACACCAAAACACUUGCUAACUCAAAAUUUCCUAAAUUCUCGUAUCCAAUGACCUCUGCAGUAAUCUCCUCUGCAUUUUCCCCAUAUUCCAAAACCCACUUACACCUCCGAUCCACGACCAAACCCCCACCCCCUCUCCUCCGACCACCGAUCACCACUCCAUACCACCCCACCCUCAUUACCCACCUCUCAAAACCCAUAAGACUCAUAUCAACCUCAUCAUCAAACACCAACAACCCCAUCACCAAACCCCAAGGCGCCAAAAUUAUCCCACUAGCAAUCUCACUCGCAAUUGGGUUAACCUUACGUUUCAUCGUCCCAAAACCCAUCGAACUCACCGAUCAAGCAUGGCAACUGUUAUCCAUCUUCAUCUCCACCAUCACCGGCCUAAUCUUAUCCCCUUUACCCGUCGGUGCGUGGGCUUUUUUGGGUCUUACAACCACCAUUUUCACCAACACUUUGAGUUUUACGACAGCGUUUAGUGGGUUUACUAAUGAGGUUAUUUGGUUGAUUGUGAUUUCCUUCUUUUUUGCUCGUGGGUUUGUCAAGACUGGGUUGGGUGAGAGGGUUGCCAGUUGGUUUGUCAAGUGGUUGGGUGGGAGUACUAUUGGGUUGGCUUAUGGGUUGAUGGUUAGUGAGAGUUUGAUUGCUCCCGCUAUGCCGAGUACUACCGCAAGAGCGGGUGGGGUUUUCUUGCCGAUUAUUAAGUCGGUUUCGGUUUCCGCUGGGAGUUUGCCGAAUGAUCCGUCAGCGAAGCGGCUUGGAUCGUAUCUUGUUCAGUCGCAGUUUCAGUGUUCUGGUAACUCUAGUGCUCUGUUUCUGACUGCUGCAGCACAAAAUCUUUUAUGUCUACAACUGGCUGAGGGGCUCGGGGUGGUGGUUGCAGACCCGUGGGUCGAAUGGUUCAUCGCGGCUAGUUUACCUGCUUUCGUUUCUCUAUUACUUACUCCAUAUAUCUUGUACAAACUAUACCCACCUGAAACCAAAGACACACCUGAUGCCCCUGCUAUGGCUGCAAAAAAACUCGAACUUAUGGGUCCAGUCACAACGAACGAGUGGGUGAUGAUCGGCACCAUGCUUCUAGCCGUCUCCCUAUGGGUAUUCGGGGAUGCGAUCGGGGUAUCCAGUGUGCUUACCGCAAUGAUUGCGUUAUCGAUACUUUUGUUAUUAGGAGUUCUUGAAUGGGAUGACUGCUUAAAAGAAACUUCCGCAUGGGACACUUUAGCUUGGUUUGCAGUGCUCGUGGGCAUGGCUAGCCAAUUAACCGAACUUGGGAUCGUUAAAUGGAUAUCAAGUUACGUUGAAGUGAUUUUGCAAUCUUUGUCGUUGAGCUGGCCUGUGGCUUUUGGUGUUCUUCAGGCAGUUUACUUCUUAAUCCACUACAUGUUUGCAAGUCAAACCGGUCACGUGGGAGCCUUAUAUCCAGCUUUUCUCGCUAUGCAUAUUGCAGCCGGGGUGCCUAGGGUGUUGGCCGCACUCGCCUUAGCUUAUAAUACAAACUUAUUCGGUGCUUUGACACAUUAUAGUAGUGGGCAGGCAGCCGUAUACUUCGGAGCUGGUUAUGUAGACCUCCCGGAUAUCUUCAGAAUCGGGUUCACUAUGGCCUGUGUAAACGCAGUGAUCUGGGCGGUUGUUGGUGGUUUCUGGUGGAAGUUUUUAGGACUCUAUUGAUUCUCGAGUUACAUAAACUUUGGUGAUCUUGCAACCGACCUGGUGGUUAUCUGAAACGAAGCUGACCACGAGCUUGCCCAUGGGUAGUGUAAGUGCACACAAAAACUGCAUCGCAAACUCGGGUCAGUCUUCGAUACCUUUGACUUGUAAGAAAGUACAUUUGUAUGGAAAAAGAAUUGUUUGAAAAGCUUACGGUGGAAGUGAUUGGAAGAGCUUUACAAAUGCCAAGAAGAAACAGAAGUGAAUAGAGGGAAAUCACUGACAUUUUGACCACAUUUGAACCUGUUUCUGUGCCGAUCCGCACCUGUAUAAGUGAAUCGGAGCUGAGUUAGAGUUACUUGCGGACGUGGGUUUGAAUUUUUGUACAAAUCGGCGUGGAGACUACUUACCAGUGGAGAGAGUUUUCCUACUGCUUUAUCACCUGGAAUCUGAGUUUGCAAGUCAAGAAAACUUCUUAACAAACAUAAAAAGAUGGCGAAAACAUAGAGGUGGCAAAAUGAUUGAUUGAGCAACGGGUCAAAAUGGGUUGUCUUUUGUGCAAGCCCAAACGGGCCAGGGUGGACUAGGUUGAAGGGAAAUGCUGUUUUUUAAAAAAGUUUUUUUUUUUUUUUUUUUUUCUAAAUUAUUAGUGUCAUAUAUGAUUAAAAAAAAAAUACUAUUUUAAUAGUAUAGUUUUCGAAAAAAUAAGAGUUUUUAUGCUUAAAAAUACACUUUGGGCGACUUACACAGCCCGUUACUCUUUCCACGUAUAUAUUCUUAUAUUACUUAUUAAAGAUAAAAGCAUAACACAAAUCGACCCAUUUAUAACUAUAUAACAAUACCUGGUGAAAAUGGCUACAAAAAAGAAUGAGUGAUGUUGUAAUGCCUACUAGGACAGAAGCCGCUAGAAUAGUGCCGGUUAUUGGUAGCGUCUCCACCCUUGUGCUACCGCCCUGCAACAGGUAAAA